AUGAAGUAUGUUUUAGUGACCGGUGGAGUUGUUAGCGGACUUGGGAAAGGAGUUACUGCCAGCAGCAUUGGAGUACUCCUUCAGGCUUGUGGCUUUCGGGUUACUUCUAUCAAAAUUGACCCCUACCUGAACACUGAUGCAGGGACAAUGUCUCCUUUUGAGCAUGGCGAAGUUUUUGUCUUAGAUGAUGGUGGUGAGGUUGACCUUGAUCUUGGAAACUAUGAACGUUUCUUGGACACCAAAUUAACCUGCGACAACAACAUUACAACUGGAAAAAUUUAUCAGUCUGUUGUUGAGAAGGAAAGAAGAGGAGACUAUCUUGGCAAAACUGUCCAGGUUGUUCCACACAUUACUGAUGCCAUCCAAGAGUGGAUAGAACGUGUAGCACAGAUACCGGUUGAUGGAAAACAAGGCCCUGCUGAUGUUUGUGUCAUUGAAUUGGGUGGAACCAUAGGCGACAUUGAAUCUAUGCCUUUUAUUGAAGCACUGGGCCAAUUUUCAUACCGUGUAGGCCCUAGCAACUUCUGUUUGGUUCAUGUGAGCCUUGUGCCUGUUCUCAGUGUUGUUGGUGAACAGAAAACCAAACCAACCCAGCACAGUGUUCGUCAACUUAGAGGGUUAGGGUUGGUCCCAAACCUUCUUGCUUGUCGCAGUUCAAAGGAACUUGAUGAUAAUGUUAAGGGAAAACUUGCUCAAUUUUGUCAUGUGCCGUUAUCAAACAUACUCACUCUCUGUGAUGUUCCAAAUAUUUGGCACAUUCCUUUGCUUUUGCGAGACCAGAAGGCACAUGAGGCAAUCCUGAAAACAUUAAACCUUCAAGGUGUUGCUACGGAGCCUAAUUUUACGGAGUGGAUCACUAGAACAAAAGUUUACGACACAUUUCAUGAAUCUGUUAGAAUUGCAAUGGUGGGCAAAUACACAGGACUUUCCGAUGCAUAUCUUUCUGUACUGAAGGCACUUAUGCACGCUUCUGUUGCUUACAACCGCAAGCUCACAGUGGAUUGGGUUCCUGCUGAAGAUCUUGAAGAUGAUACAUUCAAAGAGAAUCCAGAUGCAUAUAAAACUGCUUGGAGUCUUUUAGAGGGUGCUAAUGGAAUUCUAGUUCCAGGAGGUUUUGGUGAUAGAGGAGUGAAAGGGAAAACUCUCGCCGCGAAGUAUGCUCGAGAAAACAGUGUUCCGUUUCUCGGCAUUUGCUUGGGGAUGCAAAUUGCUGUCAUUGAGUUUGCAAGAUCUGUUCUAGGUCUCUCUAAUGCUAAUAGCACUGAGUUUGAGCCCGAAACCGGAAAUCCCUGUGUCAUAUUUAUGCCAGAGGGUUCAAAGACUCAUAUGGGAGGAACUAUGCGUCUUGGUUCAAGGAGAACUUACUUCCAAGUUGCUGACUCCAAAUCAGCCAAAUUGUAUGGCAAUGCAAGCUUUAUCGAUGAGCGUCAUCGUCAUAGAUACGAGGUUAAUCCUGACAUGAUAUCACAACUUGAGACUGCUGGUCUAUCUUUUGUUGGCAAAGACGAUACUGGGAGGCGUAUGGAGAUCGUUGAAUUGCCUGGUCAUCCUUUCUUUAUUGGUGCUCAGUUUCAUCCCGAGUUUAAGUCAAGACCAGGGAAACCUUCUCCACUAUUCUCAGGAUUAAUAGAAGCGGCGUGUGAGAGGAGGCUUUUGUCAGAAAGCAAAGGAAAUGCAAACUCAGCCAAUGGAAUACAUGAACCACACUCGCCAAUGGCGAAAGCUCAGAAUGGAAACGGGUUUAAGUCUUCCAAUGGUUCCUUGAAUGGUUCCAAUGGCAUUUAUGUUGAUGGGGAAGUUUAG